UUAUGUCUUUUAAAAAAAUAUUAGCUACGAAGCAUCGACACAAAAAAGAAGAACACGAAUAACAACACUGGCACAUUGGCACAUGUAAUAAUUUUAGAAAGUGAAAUAUUUGAAUGUAACAACUACUGGUGUUAUGGCAGUAUUGGUGAGUGAUAUUUGUUAGACACAAAACAUGAGUCAAAUACCUUACACACUUACUAGUAUUUCUGAAAGGAGUUAUGUUAUAUCCCUUUAUUUGUGUGCAUUGAGAAUUGAUGGAAAAAUAGAGUUAAAGUUUUUAUACAUGUAACAGGAAAAAUGAGCUGGUCAGGAGGAGAUUGGAUGUGUAAUGCUUGCCAGCACAUAAACUUCAAGAAGAGGGAUGCAUGCCAAAAUUGUGGAUACCCUAAGAUUGGAGGUCCUGAUCCAGAAACUUAUAGAUAUAACUGGACUGGAAACUUAGCAGGGGACUGGUAUUGCAGUGGUAUGAACUGUGGAGCUCACAACUACGCUAGCAGAACAAGCUGUUAUAGAUGUGGUGCACUGAAAAAUGGUUACUCAUGUGGAUUUGGUGGCAACAUGGAAGCCUCUGAUUGCAAUUAUCCCCCUGGAUGGAAAACUGGUGAUUGGAUUUGCACUAGAUAUGGCUGUGGAGUGCAUAAUUAUGCUAGCAGAACUGAAUGCUUCAAGUGCAAAACACCCAAAAGUUUUGGUAAUUCUGAUUGAAACCAGAGUUUCAGCUGUCACUGACUUCCUUCACCUCAUAGCUUUUUUCUGCAAAUAACAUUGUAUCUUGAGUAGUCAUGGACAAAGGUCCUUUGUUAGAAUCACUAGGAAG